AUGGAGUCCACAAAUAUAUCAGAAAAUAUAAAUGAAAAUUCCUCUCUAGAUAUUGAGAAAAAGGCCUCUCUGCUAUCUGGCAACUGGCAACCACUCAAACGAAAGAAGAUUUUUAACAAUAUUUGCGGGUAAGAUAAGGAAAAGUUGGAAACUAAAAAAUCAGAAAGCGAGGCAAGCUUAAGAACAAAUCACUAUUUCCAACAUUAACGAGCACACUAAAAAGCUAAACCUAAGAUGUUGACACUUAACUACCAACAUAGCAAAAUGGACUGA